GAGAGAUUGUGUGAAAAGCCCAAUAGCUUCGAACGGAACACCUGUGAACUUUGCCUUUUGCUUUUUAAUGACACUCUCUCUCCUCUCCUCUCUCAAAAACAGAGCCUUGAUGAGUUGAUUCUCACUUCUUUCACUCCCCCUUUCCUUUCCUUUCCUUUCCUUACUUUUCCCUCUCUCUCCCCCUCUGGUCCUCUGAGGGAAAACAGAGUUAGAGUAUAUAUGCUCUCUCACUGUGCAAACAUGGAGCUCAGGAAAUGGCCGUUCUGCUGAACAACAACGGAGCAGCAAUGGCGCAGCAGCAGCAGCUCAAACCCAACUCCACCGCUAAUGCCGCCCUCAGCCCCCACCAGCAAGCGAAGCCCGCAAUGUUCCACGACUUCCUCGGAAUCAAAAUGGCCAGCGCCGGCGCCGGCGGGGUAGGAGCACCCGACCUUCCUCUCCCUCCACCUGCUGCCCUCGCGAAGUCCGACGACGUCCGCCUCUUGGAGGCCUCGCCAGCCGCCUCCGCUUCCGCUGGAGCCUCCAUCGGGGGUCGCGGCGGACCCAUCUCAACCACCUCUGAUCUGGGCUCCGAAAGGCAGGUCAGUAAUCAUUUCGAGGGCGUCCCUUUCUACGGUCCAAGGAGCGACAUUUCCGGUACUGAUAUCUGCAAUAGAAUGAUAAGGAGCAAGCGUAGUAGUUCGGACUCCGCAUUUAUGGGGUCUCCCAUGGAUGGGAUGGCUCAGAUAGAACCAGAAUCGCAUGAGAACUUGCAUUUGAUGAAGAUUCUUCGGAAUGGGGCAGGAGGAGAAAGACAGAGACGGUGUAGUGAAGAUGAGACAUUCAUCAGCGCACAUCCAAUGCGGCAAGCCUCUGCGUCCUUUGUGCUGCACCCUGGUGCAAGUAGUAGGAACGAUCCUGGUGGCUCAAAGUGGGACCGGUCUAUUCCCUUGAGCUUGGGCCCUGCUCUUCAGUUUCCUCCCCGAGGGGUCCAAUUUGCCUCGCCCUUAGCUCAUCAUUUACCGCCAAACAGGUACAGGGAAGUCCACGCUAGUGCUCCGAUCAUCUCCCAAUCAGCUGCAGAUGAAGGGUCUAGGACAGGGAUGAAAGGGCCGGGUAUUUUGAGCUCAGUCAAUGCUGCAGGUGGUGGGUCUGAGAAGAACUUGCCCAUGGGACCACAAAGUGGUGGCAAGCCAAGGCCGGGCACUAUAAACACUGAUCCUGAAUCUUCUAACCCUCCAACAGGUCGGCAUGGAAUGGCAUCAGCAAGCCGGCAGAUGACCAUAUUUUAUGGUGGUCAAGCCCAUGUUUUCGAUGAUGUGCACCCAAACAAGGCAGACAUUAUAAUGGCUUUAGCUGGUUCAAAUGGAGGAUCUUGGUCCACGACCUUCUCGCCGAAAUCUAACUCAAGGCCAACAAGCGAGGGUAACAUAGUCAUGGGGGAGAACGAGACAGUUGGUAUGGCGAGUUUGGCACGGGAUCUCCACGGAAAGUUCCCGGCUAUUGCAAAUUCCAGUCACGGUCCUGAAUCUGCUGACCGAAUCUCUAAUCCGAUAGGUGGCCCACUGAGCGGAAUCGUUGCUAAAGAUCUGAGAAUCCCGUCUCAACCAAAGUACGAGAAUAGAGAUGUAUGAAGUGAAAGAAGGGUCACUAAUGGCGAUGCUUUCAGUCUUCAAAAUGAACAGAUCAGACGGCUACAGAUGAGGCUUUUGUUCUUUGUCUUGCCAUCUUCUGGUCUUCCAUGAAUUUUUAGGUUCUUUUCCCCCUUUCUUUUUUUGCUUUUGGAUUUAAUUUUGAAAUUUUAUUGGGGUGGUAGGUAAGUAAUUAAUCAUUAAGGGAUUGUGCCCAAAAAUCUUGUUGGGGGGGGGGGGGGGGGGGGGGGGAAGAGGACCCUGUUUAUAGAGCUCUUCCACUCACAUGGAGAAAGAAGGGAUACUUCGGUUCAGAUUAAGGAAAAUCGCCGUUCUUAGCUCUGAAACCUUCAUUUGAAUUCCAACAUGUUUCAGUGUUGUGCUUUUCAUUA